UCCUGCCCCACCCUGCAUGUCCCAGGUGGCUUCAGAAGCUCAUCUCUGCCCACUGGCAGCAUGGGCUUUGUGACCACAAGGGUCCAGCUUAUUCUCCUACUGCCAAAAAAGCACUUCUGCAGUUGAUUGGUUCCUUUCCACCCUCCACCCCCUCCCCCCUGUCACACCUCACUGCGGGAGCUGAAGUCAGACGGUGACAUCACAGAUCUUGGUGAUUCCUGUUGUCCCCAUGGCAAGGACACACAGAUGCCUGGUCCUCCUCUCUGCUCCCUCCAAAACACCCUGGUGAGCUAUCUAAAUGGAGGGGGUUUGGUGACUUCCUCUUCCUUCACAAGUGUCACUGAGGGUCCAGAAGUUGGCACCUUGCUUGUGAGUGUCACCUGCCUGCAUGCCCCGUGUUCCAGGAGGACAGUUUGGAUACCCCCACUCGCUCCAGCCCAAACCAUCCUGAAAAAUGUCGUGGCUGCAGGACAUCUCUGGGGCAAUGGAAAGGAUCUGCCUAGGAUCUCAGGGCUUGGAAGAUGAUGAUGACAACGAUGACAAAUUCAGCUACUCCUGUCACUCCUUACAUCCUCCAACCCAGUGCAAGAGCUACGACAGCUUGGGUGACAGUCAAGUAGAGGAUCUGGGAGAACCCAUCCCACUUUCCCUAAAUCUCAGGCACUCUUACAUGGUGAAAGACAGAGUGAAAAACAAAAUGUAUGCCAAGAGGUUGGCUGAACACGCACUGGAGCUUGGGGAGGAAGCUCAGGAGUUUCAGAAGCCGUUUUAUGAAGACACAGAAACUCCUGGUGGCUUGUCCAGAGCUGAGUGCCACAGCUGGACCAAUCAUCUCCCUGUGCAUCAAAGGCUGCAUGUUCUCCAAACUGCCAGUACAACACCGGGUGGCUCUUAUGACUCUCUCCAGUGUAGCAUGGGCAAACACUUGGGGACUGAUGACUUUGCCCCAUGGGCCCAUGCCAAUGACCCUUAUCUGGGACACCCAGAGCACACAUGGGGAGCAGAGCCCCACAUGCUGCAUGAGCAGACCAUCGAGGACAGAGAGGUCCCCUCCAUGUUGCUGACAUACAAUGUGCUCAGGACAGAGAACACCAAGCUCAAGAGGGUGAUCAGGAGCAUGCAGAGCUCCUUGGAGAGACAGGCAUGCACCGUACAGAAGCUGGAGAAGCAUCUGAGGGCCAGGCUGGCCAAAGAGGAGAGGAAAGCCCAAGAGCUGCAGUACUUUGUCCAUCAGACUGAGUGGAGCCUCUCUCUAAUGACCCAGCGGGCAAUGGAUGCAGAAAGCAAUGUGGAGAAGCUGAAAGAGGAGAUCUCUGUUCUCCAGAGAGAGCUGGAGUGCUCCAAGGCAGAGAACAAAAACCUGAAAGCAGGCCAAACAAUGGACAUGGGGGCAGUGAAGCACAACAUAGACUUUGCUUUGCAGAACCUCCACAAGAUAUUAGUGGGUGCAAACUGGUCCAUCAGCCAGCUUGCCUCUGGAGCACAGUCUCUCUAUUUUGUUGCUGAGGUCCUCAGAUCUACUGGCAGAAUUUCCAAAGCUGAAGCAGAAAAAGAGCUGUGAAGCCAGUUCUGUGAAGGUCUCAUGGAUGAGGAUAUGGACCAAGACCACAGAACUUCCACUACAGCUUAUACUAAAACCGUUUACUUGAAGUGUGUGUUCAGAUUUGUAGCCUUUAUUCUUCAAGGAAAUAGUUUUCUUAUCC